AUGACUGGAAGCGACCAUGAUUCGGUGAUACCAGCCCAAGUCUCGUACCUUGCCAUCUACAACCCGACCCUCGGACCUACCGACGAGACGAUAGCGGAUCAGAUCGUGUACUACACCUCACAAGCUACACGCGAACAACAAAGCGUUGGGGCUACGGCAGAAACUGAAGAGUCAAGAGACCUGCAAAAUGAAAGACUGCGCCAGAUCGGCCUGGCGCAAGGCCUGGUAAACUUUGCCAGCAAUUUCUCGGAUGGAAAGUCUUUGGAGUACGUUGAGACAGACAAGGCACGGGUCAUUCUCCUCGAGUUAGAGAAGAACUGGUGGGUUGUUUCCUCUAUCGAUCUCACACGACUCCCCGUCGAUUCGACCCAAAAGUCUUCCCCUGAUGACAUCCCAUUCCAAUAUUCAUCCCGUGAGAUGACACCGCCACCUUUACUUAUCCAGCAAUUACGUCGGGCGCACUCAGGAUUUCUCUUACAUCAUAACUUCACGUUAGAUGAACUAUUGGAACAAUUCGGCAGAUCCAGGUUCUGUCUGUUUCUCGAUCGUUUCUGGAAUAAGUUCACUUGGAAGUGGGAGCUUUUGAUGACCGGGAAUCCAGUUGUCGACAUCUACAAUGGCAUCAAACUCUCUGCGGGAGGAGAAUUGGGGAUCGGCGUUGGAGAGGAAGAGUGGGGCAGCGGGGAAAGAGAGGUGCUCGAGGACUUUGUGACGAGAACAGAAGGCCUGGUGGAUUUGGUUGUCUCCAGGUUUGGCGAUCCUUCCCCACCCAUCGAGGAGUCCCCUAGUUCCACUAAGUCGGAGGAGGUCCAAUGGCUUGGGGCGGAUGAUGACCCUCGCCCAUCUGAUGGUGUGGUCUUCACUGGUGUCGGCGCUCUUUCUCGCCACUCUUUGGCGCAUGUUUCCCACUGGAUGGAACGAGUCUACCGGUUUGGUGAUGUCGCUUAUGGGGUUGGGAGAGAUCCACGCUCGCUCCGUCGUCGCAAGUCACGAAAACCGCGCGGAAGACAAGCUUCUGGAGAUGCACCCCAACAAUCCACACCUGAGCGUAGUUUCACGCCUGGUAUACCUCGCCCGCUAAUAAUGGCAACACCAGAGCCAAUUCAGCGGGCCCCUGCGACGGAUCAAGCUGGCAUUCGGAAUGAGGCCUCGCCGCUUCGAAAUGAGCAAACGAGCGAAAACGCUGGGUUUCCCACAGACACAGUCAUGAAAUACCUCACUCUUGGAUAUGGCUCGUCUUGGAGCUUCUCUCCCAAAUCAACAUCUACGGUAUCUUCUGACAGCCCUGACACGACUCAAGAUAAAUCCCAUGCAACGACGACCUCAACAGAUCAACUUGGUGUUACUGCACAGCCUCCGCAGGCGGGCGGCAAUCACCGAAGUGACACAAGACCCGUCUCCUCUGGUCGGUUUGUUCUAGGACCUCGUGAUGACUUGCAGACAUUGGAUGAUCUCGAAGAAGAAAGUCCAGAGCCCGGUUCGGAAAACGGUAAAUCCGAAUCUCGCAUAGUGCGUCGAACUUUAUAUGUGUAUCUUGGUGAACCAAAUGCGAUACCAAGGGAGCUCCAGGCUGUAGUUUACGUGCACCAACCGUUCAUGUUCACCUUCCUGUUUGAUCCACAAACACCGUCUCUUUCAUCUCCGUCGCUAUACUCGAAUAUACAUCAUCAACUUGGCCCUCUGCAAAAGCCACUCUUGUCAUCAACAUCCCCUGCCACGGCAGCCUCUCGAACAUCUAUGUCAGGGAAUUCAGAUCCCAGCAAACAUUUCUCAACCCGAACCCACCCAAUUUAUGACCUUGUAUACGACCCAUCAAACCUCACUAUCCGCUCAUCAAUACCAAAUAUCCCGAGUCUCGAAAAUUCAGCUCAACUGCCGCCCCAUUCUUCCUCUUCGGCCACACCCUGGUCUCGGAUCGAAACCCUAGCGAUCCAUCAUCGUCUUCUGUCCACUUACAUAGACACACGUUCCCGCCCCCAAGAACUCGAACGUACGAGUAAAUCCACCCGCGGCUGGUGGGUUGUCUGGGUGCGUAUUCCACAAACAACUCCAUCAACAGCUCCCUCGUCGACAGCUCUAUCUUCCAUGGCCGACGACUCUUCCACGUCGUGCCAAACAGCGCAGGCCCCACAGGAGGCUUUCAUCGUUCGCAAGGCCAGUGACUAUGUUUCUCCGGCUAGUCAUGGGCGUGUCAGCAGCGGUGCGCGCUUCUUCCGGGACCUUGGGGGUGCUUCUUCGGGUCUAGCAUAUCGUGGAGAUACGACGCCUUCGAAAUUAGUUGAGGGGCUUGGGAUGGAUGCAAGGAGAUAUAUCGAGGGAUUGCUGAGUUUGAAUCGGUAA